CCCCCCCCCCCCCCAUAGAGUGUUCGUCCAUAAAUACACUUUCGUUCAUUCACACAACGAUGGAUCUGCGACGUCAACGACUUGGAUUUUUCCUCGUCGCUCUUACGGCCACCUUUUCACACUUCUAUGCAGCGUCGGGCGACAACUGUGCAUCGGACGAGGGUACGCUCUGCAUGGCAACCUUGCAUACGCUACAAGCGAAGGACGGCGGCGAUGUGACGAAGCUAACCGUACCUGAGUUGGUAGCGAGGUGCGCUGAAUUACGCCGAAAUGUCGCGUGUCUUCUAACUCACACACAGCGUUGCAUUGCGCUUCCAGAAAAACGUGACCAGCAUGCCAAAGUAAUUAUUGAAGCACGAAAGUACAUUGCCACGACUUGCGAGGCUGACGAAUCAGUAAAAGCCCAUUGGAAGGAUAACAAGUGCUACCGACAGGCUUUACUGCAACGUUGCGAUCGCGAGUUUCAGGAUCUAACGCAGCAACACAAGACACCCAGCAAUACACCUACGAACCCGCAAUGCGAAAUCUUCCGGCAAUACCAAUCGUGCGUCCAACGCAUGGUGGCGUCAUGCAGCGACGACAGCGGACAGUUCGUGGCUUUGCAUCUACUCGACUACGGCGCCUCCCUCGCCUGGCAGUGCCCCAACCCGGAGGAUCCGAAUGGACCCAAUCAGGGCUCGGGACGCCACCAGGCCAAUGUGAUCCAGACUAGUGGAGGCGGAGGCUCGUCAAGUCCUCUCGACCCCCUGGGUCCGCAAGGGCCCCAGGAGUCGGGUGGAUCCCAGCAGGGCAGCGGGAAGAAUACGGGAACGACAAGAAAGACGAUGGCGGAUAUUCGGCGGAUCCCAGUCAUCCGGGACACGCACUUUACGCCCCCGCACAAGAUCGAAGGCAUGCCCGAGCCGUCGAGAAGUUGGACAAAUCCGAGCCAUACUCUGGUCCAGAAUCACCCGACUACCCGGAUACAGGUACACGAGGUCAUUGAAUCUGCCGAAGUUCCCUAUAGCAUCAUUCGAUCGCCGGCUAAACCGGCCGCGUUUUCUGGGAAUUCUGGCAGCACCUGCGUGAAGUUGAUCCAAAACGACAUGCGGCGUUGUUACAAUAGAUAUCAGCGUCAGGAGUCGGAGUUGAAGAAGCAGCAGUCACGGGCCAAAUCGACGAGCGUCGCGAGUGACGCCCAGCAAGUGGACGCUAAACCUAAAGUUUGCUGUGCGUUUGGCGCAUAUGCUCAUUGUCUACAGACGGCGGUACAGACGCGCUGCAGCCAAGAUCGUGAGGCACUUGUGGACACAAUAAUUGCGCAGACUCUAAAACUAAUUGGGGGUCAUUGUGAAGAGUAUUUUUACGGCAGUCCGAAAUGCUCAUCGGGCGUAUCGCCUUUACUCACGUUAACAUCUUCUUUCAUCGUUCUUGUGGCCCUAUUCGCGACCCUGCCAUCUCUGGUCGUCCGAACAGUGUUCCCAUAAGAAAGUUCCUGUCGACCGUUGUUAAUUAUAUGAAUCCCAGUUAUCGCUUACUAUUGUUCCUAUGCGGCAGUACGUUAUAGUUAUGCUAUUGACAAGCUCCAACUGACCUUCGGUAGUUGGUCGAGGAACAACCGUCGAGGGUCAUCCACGCACGACGUUUACAACGAUAACCAGUUAGAACAUCGGGAGCAGCAUCAACAGCAUUUCUGCCACACUUCAACCAUCGAACCCAAAAUGUUAUUGCUUAUUGCUUGUAGCUAGGUGUUACUUGGGUCAAGAUCACUGAUCGGUGGGUUCAUUAAAUGCACGCGUACAUCAAUUCAAACAAGAACAUUGGUGAAGCCGACUAGCAUGCAAGAGUGAUGAAAUCGUAAGCAAAAAGUAAUUACUGGCGUAUGGAGGCUCGAUCACUUGAACGAGACGCUACGUUAAAACUACGACAGCAGGUGCAUGACGAACGAUAAAGAUGCACACGCAUCCCUGUCAUUCCCAAGGGGUGAGGGGCAAUUGCUUUGUUCGUCGAAUGGCAUUCUGACAUACAUAGGCAAAUAGAAAGAAAGAAAGAAAGAAAAACGGCAAACUAUUAGCAGCACCAGAAACUGUACGCGGAUAAGGAGCACGAGUAACUUCGAAAGAUCUGCUUCGACAGUUGAAAUAACAAUAAAGGCGUGAAGUAAUCAUAAUGAUGAUAAUCAGAUUGAUAACCGAAGUAUGAGACGUUAUAACCAUUGUUAAUAUCAAUAAUAUGAAAUUCGCAGUAGUCAAUUGAGCGAAAACGUACGAUGACGACUCGACGAUGACACUGCCCUCCUGAAUGUACAACGAUAAGUUUGCGGACGUCUUUCUCCUUCAUUAGAAACAAAUCGUAAAUAACACAAAAGCGGCCAGUCUCGCAUUGACACCAUCAGUGGAUGUCGACCAAACGAUCGAUGCCGCUGCACCAACCUGGCGUAAGCUUGAGGCCGUACACGCUUCGGGUAGGACAAGUGAUAUUCUAAUGGCCUGCACAAUAUCGUCGGGCGGCGGACAAACACAAGCGACUCGGUUAAAGAUGUCCGGAGAGCUACUCCAGCAUGUAACUGGGCAUAGCAGUUAACAGAAAUCAGAGGUGAUGGAGGGGGAAGAGGUUCCGUGUGAAUCAAAGGAAAUGAUAGGAAAAUAAAAAAUAUUGCCGUUAAGCAACACGUACACACGCCUGCAUACGCACGCAUAUAUAUAUAUAUAUAUAUAUAUAUAUAUACAAACACAUCUAUACACAAAUGACUUGACCGAUACCGAAGAUAGGCAAACUACCUAUAGCACGGAUGGAGUUUGUUGACCCGUUGAAAAUGCUAAGCACGCAACGUUCAUAUUUGCCAGGUAAAUAGCGGCUGGCUAAAUACAAAUAGCGUUAUGCAGAUCGAAAGGUUAUUGAAACUGUGGAAAAUGGUAACAAUGAUAGCAAGAAAACCGCCGAUGCCGUAUAAUUCAAGAGAGAAACAGAGCCCGAGUUUUAAACAAUGAUAUAUAUAUAUAUAUAUAUAUAUAUACCAUGUAGCUUAAAAAUAAUAAUAAGAAUAAAAGAUUAAUGGCUUAGGGAAGGUUCGAAUGACUGAGUGAGACAGGAAGAUAAAGAGAGCGAAUGAAGGACACGAAGCCCUGGUAUAUAUAUAUAUAUAUAUAUAUAUAUAU